CCCCGUUGGAUCGUCUGCGAAUCUUGUGACGUGGUUAUUGGUACUUAACUGCAUAUUGAAAACUACUUAGCCAGCUCGUUAGCGGUAACUACAGUGUGAUUAAGCCGCCGGACGUCUGCUAUACACAUUAACUAGUUUUUGUUUAUGUGGAAUAAAAAGUUUAUUCGGUUGUUUUGACGGGAAUCAAAGUAGUUGCUGCUGUUUUGUCUGGUAAGUAAGCUGAGGCCUCACGAAGACCAGAUAGCACCCGUAGCUAGCUAUGAGUAUAUUAGAUCCUCAGGGCUGUGGGAUCGUAUCUGCUGUGACUUACUGACCAGAACUCAUACGGCGGCAGCAUGAAGCUCUACAGCCUCAGCAUCCACCAUAAAGGAGCAACCAAAGCCAACCUGCUUAAAUCGGCAUACGACCUCUCCUCCUUCAGCUUCUUUCAGCGAUCCAGUGUUCAGGAGUUCAUGACCUUCACCAGUGCCUUGAUUGUUGAACGGACAUCACAAGGAAGCCGUGCCUCCGUCAAAGAACAAGAGUACCUGUGCCAUGUGUACGUACGAAAUGACAACCUAAGCGCUGUAGUCAUUGCUGACACUGAAUACCCACAGAGAGUCUGUUUCACAUUGCUAGACAAGGUAUUAGAGGAGUUCUCCAGGCAAGUGGACAGUAUAGACUGGCCCUCUGGUAAUCCUGAUACCAUAAACUACAAAGCCCUGGAUAUUCACCUUUCUAAAUACCAGAACCCCAGGGAAGCAGAUGCAAUGACCAAAGUGCAGGCGGAGCUGGAUGAGACUAAGAUCAUUUUGCACAACACCAUGGAAAGUCUGUUGGAGAGAGGAGAGAAACUAGAUGAUCUUGUGGCAAAGUCAGAGCACCUGGGAAACCAGUCCAAAGCCUUCUACAAGACUGCACGAAAACAGAACUCAUGCUGUGAAAUCAUGUGAUGCUACUGCCUUGUCCUCGUGGACACGCCUCUCUCUGCCUUUCUGCUUUUCCUACAACUCCCAUCACGCACCAGCCACCAGCUCUCAACACAAAGGACAGAAAAGACGCUGUCUGAUCCGGGAUGGCGUGCCGGGAUGAGAGCACAGAGGGUGGAAGGUGGUGGCCAGUCUUAAGGGUGACCUGUCCGGAUUGUGACUGAUGGGGGCUGAAGGAGUGAUGGGGUUUGGUCGGGGUAUAUUUGAUUUAUUUUUAACCUUUUUCAAAGGGUAAACAUCUGUGCGGUGUUUCAAUGCCAGCUGCAAACAUAAUAGUGUGACGUUGUGUAUCAGUGAUGUGUUGUUGAAACGUCUUCAAACCAUUUGUUAUCCAGAUUGAAUCAAAGCCUUAGUUUGAUUUCAGCUCUUAAAAUUCUCAAAAGAGUAUUAAACACAAUUAUGCUCCUGCUUCAAGGCAACUCAGACAAUCUCACAGUCUUAUCUUGUGAUUUCAUAAAAUGCGUCAGCGUUUCGGUUCAAUUCUUUAAAACCCAGUUUUUCUUGCAGGUGUAACUUUUCUUGCCCACCAGGUGGCCCUGUUUAUUUACUUUAUUGCUCCAAUGAGCCUCACCGUUGAGGAAAAUGUAAAAUCUCUGUGAGCCAAGACUGCAAGUAUGAUUCAAAAAAAUAUCUCACCAAAUUUGACAAUGAUUUUGAGACGUCUUUGCUAGAAUGGAUUAAGUUACAUGACUUUUUUUUUUUUUUCUGUCUUAUAGUGUUAAUGAAACCUUAAACAUUCCCUUUUUUGGUGAGUGUGUUGUUGAGUGAUGACGCAUCGUGAAGCUGAUUAAGUGGGAGAAUAGAUGUGAAAUGUAGAGAGAUGUUUCUUUAUAGACGCAGCCUUAUUGCAGUGUGGCUAACGUGUAACCCCCUGUCCUGUUUUGAUAUGAUGUCGUCUAAUAUGAAGGACAGGACUUGUAAGCUAUUCUUUUAUUUUAUGUAUUGUAGCCAUGUUUUUCAACAUUCAACUGGCAGACAAGAUACAUGACACUUGAGCAGGUUUUUAGAGUCCAAAAGCCCACUCCGACCUCUGCAGUCAGGAGCUCAUCUGUACCGCUCAAACCUGGGAUCACUGACAUCUUACCAUCAUUUAUUGUGACUGAGGGGAUUCUGGGAAACCUCAGACGCUGUUGCAAUUCUGGCUUCUUUUUGUGCUAGUCAAGUUCCUCCUAAAAUGUCUUUAACUUCUGAAAAGAUGACGGACAUAAAUUGAAUGAUUUCACAUCACACUCUUAUGUUAAGACACUCCACGGCUGUCUUUAUUAUUCUUUUUUAUUUUCAGCACUGUUGGCUUUGUAUGUAGAAAUGUCUUUCACCAAGAACGGCUGAUCAGUUUAUGAUAAAGAGAUGCCUUUGGUUGUGUAUUUUAGAGGAUUCUCUGCUCUCUUUUCGCUGUAUGAGUGUAUGCUUUGCUAAUUUACAACAUAUGCAGGCUGCAUUAAUGUUGAGUGCCUGUGAUGGACCGUUGUGUGUGUGUGAUUUGAAUUGCUCUUUCUGCUUUUACAAUGUAAACGUUUGUGCAAUAUCUCUGCAGACUGUUGGUGUAUGUCUCUUUAGAAUGGAGAGAAUAAAUGGAAAUAUUUCUCAAAGGACAGUUAAUUG